AAUGGCUAAUUCCCUUUUAGGCUCUUGCUGGGGAAGUCAGUCCUUUCUUGUGCAGCGGCAGCCACCAGGUCCAGCGCGACUGCCAGCCGAGCGCACUGAAUUGCUUUGUGGAAGCCAUGUCACAGUGCGUCCCCCCCAUCCCAAUCAGGCCGUGCGUGCUGAAGUACCUGGGAAAGACUCAUAACCUCUGGUUCCGUUCCACCCUGAUGUUGGAACACCAGGCCUUUGAAAAAGGGCUCAGUCUGCAGAUCAAACCGAAGCAGACCACGGAGUUUUAUGAGCAGGAAAGCAUCACGCCGCCCCAGCAGGAAAUCCUUGACUCGCUGGCAGAGCUGUAUUGCUUGCUCCAAGAAGAGGAUAUGUGGGCUGGAUUGUGGCAGAAGCGUUGUAAAUUUCCGGAGACAGCAACCGCUAUUGCUUACGAACAGCACGGCUUCUUCGAGCAGGCUCAGGAAACCUACGAAAAAGCGAUGGAGAAAGCUAAGAAAGAACAUGAAAGAAGUAAUGCCUCUCCUGCUAUUUUUCCUGAAUAUCAGCUCUGGGAAGACCAUUGGAUUCGGUGUUCCAAGGAAUUGAAUCAGUGGGAAGCGCUUACGGAAUAUGGCCAGUCCAAGGGUCACAUAAACCCUUACCUGGUUCUGGAGUGUGCAUGGCGUGUCUCCAAUUGGACAGCCAUGAAGGAAGCCCUAGUACAGCCUCCCCACAGUCUCUCACAUCUACCGGGUCAGACCAUCUAUGAUGCUACAUUCAAAUGCGGCCUGUGCGGUGCUGUUAGCCAAAUGCACACCGACAUAAACACACAGACAGAGACUCUGCCCUGCUUUUGUAGGAUUAUUUCUGAUGGAGUGAGCAGCUGGUUUUUCUGGCCAUCAACACGUAGCCUACCCAUGAGGGAUUUGUAGGUUUUGUCAUCAAGAUUUCUUGAAGAGUAGAGAAUGCUGAUUGAGCAUCUCCAGAUGGAACACAGACAAACGAUUUUGCAGCUCGUUGGUCUCGUCCUGUGACCAGGGAGCUUUUCAACAGAGGAGAAGAGA